AUGGUUGGAAAAGAAUAUAGUGCGGCUAAAGACGAGGAAAACCAAUCAAGACCAAACAUAAGAAGAACAAUAAUAAGCCAUGAAGAUAUAGAUGACACGUUAACAUCAGAUGAAACUUCAGAAAUUAAUCACUAUGAAACAUUGACCGGUAGAACUUCAAAUGACUGCUCACAUGCUAAGGAAGUUGUACCCGACAAUGAGGAUAGUCCAAGUUUAAUACGGAAAAUUAGUAGCGAAGAAGAAAACAAUAAAACUUUAAGACCAGAAGGGCAGUCAGAAAGUGACAAUGACACAACAUUGACCGGUAGAACUUCAAAUGAUUGCUCACAUGCUAAGGAAGUUGUAACCGACAGUGAGGAUAGUCCAAGUUUAAUACGGAAAAUUAGUAGCGAAGAAGAAAACAAUGAAACUGUAAGACCAGAAUUGCAGUCAGAAAGUGACAAUGACAUAACGAUGGGUUGUGGGACUUUACGGCGACGGCGACAGCAGAAAGCGAAAAAAAACGCACUAGGAAACGCAAGCUGA